AUGCCAACAAAAGUCAUCCGUUCUCGAAGUGUUUCGAAAAAGGUGGUCGCGACAUUUGUGUCAAAAGCGGGUCAUAUUGCAACAAUUCCUCUUAAUGAGCAAAGAACUAUUACUGCGGAUUGGUAUACCACCAUUUGUUUGCCAAAAGUCAUCACCGAGCUUCGAAAAGUCAAUCCCGAAAGAAUCAUCCUCCGCCAAGACAAUGCAAGCACGCACACAGCCCAAAAAACAAGGCAGUAUUUAACGGAAGAAGACGUGCAAUUAUUGGACCAUCCUCCAUAUAGUCCUGAUCUAAGUCCUAACGAUUUAUUAACAUUCCCGAAAAUUAAAAACAGACUGCGUGGUCAAAGGUUCCAGUCACCAAAAGAAGCAGUUGACGCAUUCAAAAAUGCCUGGAAUAAGUGCUUCGAAAAUUGGUUCGAGCGCAUGCAGAUACAAUAA